CCAACAUGCUGUGACGCAACAUCAGCUUCGAGCAGGACUCAAGCAUAAUCCCUCGUCAUCAACAAUGAGAUCAACAAAAUGAUCGAACCGUCCAUCCGCCUCCGCCGCGCAAUCCACCUCAACGAUGCCUCCCUCGUCUCUCGUCUCCUUCGCUCUCAUCCACGUCUCCUUUCCAAUCCCGACUUCAGCUCGAAAGCCAACACCUCCCUGCACCUAGCUGCCUCGCAUGGCUUCACAACCAUAGCCACCCUGCUCAUCGACGCUGGACACGACGGCGACGAGAUCAGCCGCAAUGCAGAUCACAACACCCCUCUCAUGCUCGCCGCUCAAGCCGGGCACGUCGAAACUGCUACUUUCCUCGCCGUGCGUUUCCCGCGGUCGAUACAUUACCGAAACAAAGAUGGCCUCGACGCCCUCGCAUUGGCAACACAAAACACUGCGUCUACCGGUUUGAUACCAACGCUCCUCUCCGGCAACGGGAUAUACUACGCAGACAUGGAGAGUAGGGAUAACGAAGGCAACACGCCAUUACACCACGCUUCGGCCUCCGGCGGGCUGAAAGCUCUGCGAUUAUUGCUAGAUGCGGGCGCAGAUCCCACGGCGAGGAACUUUUACGACUGGAUGCCCGUGGCGUACAGUCAGACCGUGGCGGCGGAGGUGUAUUUCCGGAAUCUGGUAGCGGAGUAUGAGAGGAGGAAGAUGAUUGAGGCGGAGCAGAGGGAGAGUGGAAAGGUGGGCAUUAGAGCUGGGGCAGUGAGGUUGGUUAUGGACGACGAAGGUAGUGGUGGUACCGCGGAGGAUGAUGUGAUGAGCAAACAAGCCUGGAGUCCAAGUGGGGAAAGGAGGAGACCGCCUACGCCACCGGGUGUUAGAGGUGGGGGGGACUGGGGAGCGGCCACGAUUGCGAUGGUCAGGACGCGGUCGGGAAGUGGAGGUGUACAGUGA